CCCCGCAGGCACCUGCCGGAGGUCGGAGGACCCCUGGUGAAAGCAGGGUCCGGGCCAGAGUGUGGCCUGUGCACCGUCCACGGGCGCGGGUGCCUUCGGUCCUGGAGCAGCCCCCUUCCUGCACCCUCAGCUGAUGGAACAGGCGGCCUCGGUGCUGGCAGCGUGAGGAAGUCCCAAGCUCAGCCAAGGUCACUCGGGGCGCGGGGCCCAGGGGCCGCCCACCCAGCUCUCCCCAGGGACGCCGGGAGGCGAGAGCGCAGGGGCGGAAGUGGGGUCCGCCAGUGAGCGGCGCAAGGCGCCUGGGUGUGUCCGAGGGGCCUUCCCAAUGGAGGCCGGCUCCGGUGAUAGGCGUUGUCCAAUGAAGUCCCUUGGGAGGCGGGGUUGAGGCGAGUGUUGUCCAAUCGGUAGGGUCACCUGAGGGGCCCGCCCCCCUCUCCUGCCAUAGGUGGGCGUCCCGCGCGGGGCGGGGAGAGCGGGCUUCCCCCCAAUGGUCGGUGGCCCGGGAGGGGGCGUGGCCGCGGCGCCCAGGUCUGCCGCGACUGAGGCGGCCGCUCCGGCCCUCAGUCCAGCCGUCCGCGGCCGCGUUCGAAGCAUGGCCGCCCUGGGGCGGCCGGGCUCGGGGCCGCGCGCUGCGGUACCCGCCUGGAAGCGCGAGAUCCUGGAGCGGAAGCGGGCCAAACUUGUCGCGCUGGGAGGGGGCGCGGGGCCCGGGGCGGCGGAGCCCGAGCAGCGGGUGCUGGCCGAGAGCCUGGGCCCGCUGCGCGAGAACCCGUUCAUGCGGCUGGAGGCCGAGCGGCGGCGGGGCGGGGGCGCGGCGGGGGCGCGGCUGCUGGAGCGGUACCGCCGCGUGCCCGGUGUGCGCGCCCUCCGCGCCGACAGCGUCCUUAUCAUCGAGACGGUGCCCGGCUUCCCGCCCGCGCCGCCCUCCCCGCCCGCCCCAGGGUCCGCGCAGAUCCGCGCCGCGGAGGUGCUGGUGUACGGGGCGCCGCCCGGCCGCGUCAGCCGCCUGCUGGAGAGGUUCGACCCGCCCGCUGCGCCGCGCCGCCGCGGGAGCCCCGAGCGCGCCCGCCCCCCGCCCCCGCCCCCGCCCCCGCCGCCGCCACGCCUCCCGCCCGCGGCCCCCAGCCCGCCCGUCGCGCCCGGGCCCCGCGGUGGAGGGGCGAGCCCCGGGGCCCGCCGCAGCGACUUCCUCCAGAAGACCGGCAGCAACUCCUUCACCGUUCACCCGCGGGGUCUGCAUCGCGGUGCGGACGCCCACCUGCUCUCCAACGGGCCCUCGGUCCCGGAGCCCCGGGCCGGCCCUGCCAACCGCCUCGCGGGCUCCCCGCCUGGGUCGGGACAGUGGAAGCCAAAGGUGGAGUCGGGGGAUCCCUCCCUCCACCCGCCCCCCCGCCCCGGGACCCCGAGUGCCACUCCAGCCUCGCCCCCUGCCAGUGCCACUCCUAGCCAGCGCCAGUGCGUCUCCGCAGCCACCAGCGCCAACGACUCCUUCGAGAUUCGGCCGGCCCCCAAGCCAGAUAUGGAGACCAUCCCCUCGGGGGACCUCCAGGCCCGGGCGCUGGCCAGCCUCCGCGCAAACUCUCGAAAUUCCUUCAUGUUCAUCCCCAAGAGCAAGGCCUCCGGGGCCCCUCCUCCUGAGGGGGUGCAGUCCGUGGAGCUGCCAAAGGGAGAGGUGGGCCCGGCCUCCCCGAGCCAGGAGCUCGGAUCCCAGCCGGUGCCUGCAGGGGAUGGUGCGCCUGCCCAAGGGAAGAGCCCCGUGGAGGUCGAGGCACAGUGGGCAGUCGAGGAGGGGGCCUGUCCCCGGACAGCCACCGCCCUCACUGACCGGGCCAUCAGGUGGCAGAGGCCGUCCUCACCACCCCCCUUCCUGCCGGCUGCUGCAGAAGAAGCUGAGCCUGCUGAGGGCCUCAGGGUUCCUGGCUUGGACAAAAGUAGCCGGGAAUACGGGAAGCCAGGGCUGCCUGUCACCUUCAUCGAUGAGGUAGACUGGGAGGAGGAGGCCCCCCAAGAAGCCAAACUACCCUGCUCCCUGCGCCCUGCCAGGCCCGGGUGCGUGGCAGAGCUUCAGCCCCAGGGCAGCAACACCUUCACAGUGGUGCCCAAGAGGAAGCCAGGGGCCCUGCUGGGCCAGAACUUCAGUCAGGCCAACGGGGAGCCCCGGCCACAGGAGGCCGAGGAGGAGAAGGCUGGUGGCCUCCUGGGGCCCACGCUGAAGAAGCGCUACCCCACCGUGCAUGAGAUCGAAGUGAUUGGCGGCUACCUGGCCCUGCAGAAGUCCUGCCUCACCAAGGCUGGCUCCUCAAGAAAGAAGAUGAAGAUCUCCUUCAACGACAAAAGCCUGCAGACCACAUUUGAGUACCCUUCCGAGAGCUCCCUAGCACAGGAGGAAGAGGUGGAGCAUGAGGAGGAGGAGGAGGAAGAGGAGGAAGAGGAAGAGGAGGAAGAGGGUUCCGGCUCAGAGGAGAAGCCCUUUGCACUCUUCCUGCCCCGGGCCACGUUUGUGAGCAGCGUGAGACCGGAGAGCUCUCGGCUGCCAGAGGGCAGCUCAGGCCUGUCCAGCUAUACCCCGAAGCACUCUGUGGCCUUCAGCAAGUGGCAGGAGCAGGCACUAGAGCAGGCCCCGAGGGAGGCAGAGCCUCCGCCCACAGAGGCCAUGCUCACACCUGCCAGUCAGAAUGACCUCUCGGACUUCCGCAGCGAGCCAGCCCUUUAUUUCUGAGCCCAGCACUGCCAGGACCAACGCUGAGCCCCAGCUGUGGGAGUCCCGGAAGCUGGGCAGUAGCCAGGGACUACUGCACCCACUUCUGCCUUGUCUGGCCUCACUGUAUUCCACCCACCCCUCCUGGCCCUGGAAGCAGCCAGGGUGCCUCCUGCCAUUGGGACCAGGUCUGGGUCUCACUCCCCAGCCCUGGUUUGGGAGGGCCCAGGUGGGGAGUGGGGUGGGGAAUUGCCUGUGGGUGAGGUCAGGGGCCUGCUGGGUGGUGGCUAUCUGCAACCCGGCAGGGGACUGUGCAGAUUCUACACCUGGCAGUUCCCUGUCCUGUCUCCUCAGCCUGCCUCCCAGCGGCCAUGGGGGGUCUGGGGUGAAGGGCUGUCCCAGCUACUUGUCCUCUGCAGGACCCUAAGCCCCUGCCCGCAGCCCCCAUGCCCUCUGUGAUGAGUGGCAUCUUUCCUGCCUCUGACGAUGGACUCAAUAAACAGCACUGGACAAGGCUGCUGGCA